CAGAGAUCCGCAGAGACUCCGUGGUCCGGGGGCAGGUGGAAUAGCAGACGGGGCAAAGCCACCGGGGCAGAGACAGCACAAACCGGAUGAGCUGAUCCAGAUCAGAGACUCCCAGACACCUGCCGAGACAUCCCCGAGCGGACACCCCCACCCGAGACAUCCCGCAGCGCUCAUCGUCCGGUGCCCAGAGUGCCCUCAUGGAUAUGUUACUGCUGCUGUUAGCCCUCCUGCCAGGUUGUCUCUGUGCGGUCACGGUUGUCGUACCGCCAACCGUUGAGGUUGAGAUCGGGAAAAACGCACGAAUUGGGUGUAAGCCGAAUUUCAGCGGGUCCCCCAAGUUCACUUCAGAGUGGUUUGUGAUCGACGAGAAUGAUGAUCUCGCCCGAAUCACUUUCUACGAUAAUGGGCGCCAAGUGACAGACCCAGAUACCGAAUACAGCAGCCGGGCCGAGGUUACGAGCGACUUAAGUCUGGUCAUCAGGGACGUCCGUUUGAGCGACGGAAAGACAUUCCUCUGUAGGGUCAAAGCAGAGGGUGAGAGGGCAGUUGAGGGAAGAUCUGAGCUGAUGGUUUUCAACCCCCCAGAAGUCCCUGAAGUCACCGUAAUCUCAGGGAUAUUAUCAGUCACGUCACCUGUUGCCUCAGAGAUCGCCACCUGCACCAGCCGCAAUGCCUAUCCGGCGCCAACCAUCGAAUGGUACAAAAAUCAUCAGCUUCUAAAUACACCGACGGAGAAGAACUCAGAGCUCUACGUCUCAUCCCGCACAACAACAGAAGCCUCCAACCUGCUUACAGUCACCAGCACCCUCUUUUUAAUACCUACCAAGAAGGACGCCAGUGCCGUAUUUUCCUGUAAGGUCGCGUAUUCCAUGCCUGGAGAAGCCGUGAACCGCAUGGAGUCGCAGGAAUUCAGCCUGACUCUGCACUAUUAUACAGAGAAUGUGACAUUUAAGGUGAUGUCUGAAGUUCCAGUUAAGGAAGGAGAUGAUCUGUCCUUGAAAUGUGAAGCAGAUGGGUCUCCCCCUCCUUCAUACAUUAUCUAUAUGCUCAAGGAAGGUGAUCGAGAAGUGGAGAUAUAUUCUGGUGUUGAGGGUGUGCUGACAAUCCGUAAUGUUUCUAGAGAGUACACCGGGUCUUAUCGCUGUCACGCGAUGGACUUUGACUCUCCCCCUGAAGUUGAACUCACUCGAGACCUGAACGUGUUCGUGAAUUAUCUGAACGACCUUUCCCUCAUCCCAUCGGACCACGUGACGGCUACUGUGGGACAAGACGUUCCCCUCUCAUGCUUUGGUGAUGGCUCUGACGAACCUCAUCUACGCUGGAAGAAGGGAGAAAAGGUUCUUCUGGAUGGAAGCAGAUUCCGCCUCCACAACAUCUCAUAUUCCCAUUCUGGAGUCUACACUUGUGAAGGUUUUGUGCCAAGUGUGCCGGGUUUGCGAAAGGAGAAAAGCCUCACCCUCACCGUGGAAGGAUUGCCUCAGCUGGAACCUGGGAAUGAAGUGGUUGAAGUUCCUGCUGAAGGACACAUGGUGAAGCUAACCUGCUCUGCGGUGGGACAUCCUCAACCAGAGAUCACGUGGAAUCCCCCGGAGCUGAAGGACACACAAUCCGUUUCUGGCAUGCAAGUAAAGAGCGAGGUCACCGUAAAGGUCUCCUCCAAGCUAACUAACGGAGUGUCCUGUAUUGCCAAAAAUCAGCUUGGAUCCAGAGAGAAAAAAUUCACUUUACGAAUCGCUAGUCUGGUUGUGCCCAGUUCUGCACCUGCUGAAAAGCAGAGCAGCGGCAGCAGCACCGCCAUUAUUGCUGUCGUCGUGUGUGUCCUCCUCCUUCUCCUGGUCGUCGCUCUCUUCUACUUCCUUCAGAAGAAAGGAAAACUGACCUGUGGAUCUUCUGAGAAGAAGUCAUUGACUCCAGAUCCAGCUUCAGCCGAACUCGCCGUUGAGUUGAAUUCAGACAAGCGGAAAGAGCAGCAAGGACUUAUGUCAUCCCGCGGCGGAGGUCAAUCAAUAGAGUGUUAGCGAGCCGGGAACGUGGUGGACUCUCUUACCUACGGACAGCAUCCAUCUUUCUGUGGCCUGGGACUUCGACCUGUGGAUUUCUGCUUUCACUGCUACCUGCACUUGCAACUGAGUUGCAAAAGAAGAAACAAUGCAAAAGACUUGGUCCUUAAAGAGAUUUCUCCUCGAGGUCCUGGGGAAUUCCUGUAAUAAUCCUAGGAGCUCUACCUUCUCAGGAUCUCCCCCUUUUUUAUUAUCAGGAUCAGGCAUUGCCUUAGAUGUCUGUAUUACCCACUACAGACCUCCAUCUGAUUUUUUUUUUUCUUUUUCGGAUGUUUUUAUUGCUUUUAUUUUAUUGUUCUUCAGCUGUUUUUUUUUUUUUUGUGUUGUUGUUUUAUUGUUUCAGAAACUGUAUUUUUUUUUCGACAAGCCUGCCAUGUGACGCUGCUGUCCCAGCAUGCCUUGUGGUGGCGGCGCGGUUCAGGCUUUAUAAUGUUACACUGGUCUUGGCCCGUUCCUGUCCGGCCUAUGUGUAUAUAAUGUAUUUCCCUAUGGUCAUUACACUGGUCAGACCCUCACCGUGUCUCACUGUCUGUUAUCAUUAAACUUACCCCUUACACCCGA